CCAUCUUACUCACACCGGCAACGCUGCCCAAAUUAAGUUCGAACUUUCAGAUUUCUCGUGGUUGCGCGACGCCAUGGCACGCGGGCAGCAGCAACGGUGCCUGGCUUUGGCGUGCCUGGUGGCGAUGUGUAUGUCCACCGCGUCGGCGUUCGUGUUCAAGGCCGGUGGCACGGGCGAGUGGCGCGUGCCGGGCCAGGCCAACGCCAGCGGCGGCAACAUUGCCUCCUACAACACUUGGGCGGAGCACACCCGCUUCCGCGUCGGUGACGCCAUAGCGUUCACGUACGAGCCCGGCAAGGACUCGGUGCUGAUCGUCGACGAGAAGGCCUACGACGCCUGCGACACGGCCUCGCCGGUGGACACCUUCUCCGACGGCAACACCGUCUUCACCUUCACCAAGUCCGGGCCCUUCUACUUCAUCAGCGGCAACAAGGACAACUGCAACCGCAACGAGAAGCUCGUCGUCGUCGUCAUGGGCCCCCGCGCCGCCGACAACGGCACGGCCACACACACCGCGCUGGCUCCCUCGCCCGCUUACAAUGGCGUCACCUUCUCGCCGCCGUCGCCGCCGCCUCCAUUCGGCAUCGACAUCUCGCCCACCGCAAGCGAGCCGAGCGCCGCGGUCGCCAAGGCGGCAGGCAUGGCCGGCACGGCCGCGUUCGUCAUCGGGGCCAUGUUCUACGCACUUGUUUGAGACCUACGUUUUGUCCAUAUGUAUACGCGUGCGUGCGGAAUAAUAAGUGUGUUUAAUUUACGCAGCUACGGAGUACCUGACUAUCGAAAUCGUGUAACCAUUCGUUUGAAUUAUGCUUGUUGU